GCAAAUAUAUUGAGCCUUGAAAAGCGUGUCUCCAAAAGUACCAGGCUUGCAUGAAUCACAAAGAGCUAACAUGAUGGCAGUGCGCGGUAUGGCGUCGUUCGCGGCGCAGGCGGCGCUCCGCUCGCGGUGGUCCAGUCUGAUCGAGUCCACCAGCGUGGAUGUGCCCGGGGAGGUCACAGAUGGCGUUCGCUCCGUCGUCGGAUGGCUGAAACAGGCGUCGCUAGAAGUCCGUCAGGUUGGGAGGCGAGCGGUGAGCCAGCUCUCUGGUCGAGGCAUGGAUGAUGUGCUCAUCAUACACUACAACGAUGUCUACAACAUUGAACAGACCACCAAAACGGAGCCGGUGGGCGGAGCGCUGCGGUUCAGCACGGCUGUCAAAGCCAUGCAGCAUCUGAACCCACUUGUUCUGUUUAGUGGUGACGCCUUCUCGCCUAGCAUGCUAAGUACAUACACAAAGGGCGAACAGAUGGUACCAGUUCUGAAUGAAAUCGGAACUCAUUGCGCUGUGUUUGGCAACCAUGAUUUCGAUUUCGGCCUAGAAGUCUUAUCAGGACUAGUAGCUCAGUGCAACUUCCCCUGGCUAAUGUCCAACGUGAUUGACAACGAGACAGGCCGUCCCCUGGGUGACGGGCGGAUCACACACGCUUUACUCUGUAACGGACACAAGAUAGGUCUUAUAGGACUUGUUGAACAGGAGUGGCUGGAGACGCUGGCGACAAUAAACCCAGAAGAAGUGACGUUUAUAGACUUCCUGCAGGCCGGCGCCAAACUGUCCGAGCAACUCAAACAAGAGGGUUGCGAGUACGUGAUAGCCCUCACUCACAUGCGGACCCCGAACGAUAUAAAACUGGCGGAGGGCAACACGGAGAUAGACCUCAUACUGGGCGGCCACGACCACGUCUAUGAAGUUAUAGAGGUAAACAACAAAUACAUAGUGAAGAGCGGCACAGAUUUCCGUCAGUUCUCGAAGAUCAACAUAAGCUUCGGGCCCGAUUCGACUCGUGUCGAUAUCGCCGACGUCCAUGUCACCAGCUCUUACGCAGAGGACCCCGUGCUUAAGGCUAAGACUGACAAAUACUCUGCGAUGAUAGAAGGAAAGAUGGACGAGGUACUGGGCAAGUUCUGCGUGCCUUUAGAAGGGCGGUUCUCGUGCAUCCGGCGGCAGGAGUGCAACCUCGGCAACUGGGUCUGCGACGUGCUCCUCGCCGCCACCGGCGCCGACCUCGUGCUGCUCAACUCCGGCACCUUCAGAUCUGACCAGGUGCAUGCUGCCGGGGACUUCACUCUUCGCGACCUAGGCUCCAUCAUACCCAUGAGAGACCCUCUCGUGGUGGUGGAGGCGACAGGGGCCACCAUCCUGCAGGCUUUGGAGAACUCCGUCAGCCAGUACCCGAGCCUGGAGGGGCGGUUCCCACAAGUGGCAGGUAUAUCGUUCGCCUUCGACCCAACUAAGCCACCUGGCUCCCGCGUCGCCGAGCAAGUGGUGAAGAUCGGAGAUGAAUACUUACAGAGAGAACAGCGGUACAGAUUAGCUGUUAAAGACUACCUGUACAGGGGAAAUGACGGGUUCAAUAUGCUGCCUGGAUGUAGAUUACUGGUGUCCGAAGACUUGUGUCCGGAGAUCGGGCUGGCGGUGCAGAACCACUUCGCAGCUAUCAACGUGCGCUCCGGGCGAGCGAGGGCUUCCAAGCAUCGCCAGUCGCUGGUCACUCUCAGUCGCAGACACAGCCUGGUGAAGAUGCUGGACGUGACGGAGCUGGACGGGCCGCCGCCGCUGCGCCGCGCCUCCUCCGCCGCGGAGCCGCCGCCGCCGCCGCACCCGCACCACCGGUUGACCCGACGCGCGUCGCUCGACGACCUCGAGCAGCAGUCUUGCGAGCUGGCGCCCAAAGUUGAGAACCGGAUCAUACUCAUCGACAAACCUGAGACUCUGCAGGCGUUGAUCGCGGAGCGCGCUCGCUGGGAAGCCGACACGGUUAUCGCGGAAGUCGACGAUGAGAACUCGCCCUAACCGCUCGGUCAAUUUACACCUCAUCUUCGUUGUACACCGAUUUAUAUACCCGGUUACACGGUGCUACUCGCAAGCGAGUUCCAUUACUCUUGCUGAAGCACAGAACACCUCAAUAACUAUACGGAAAGCAUUCAAGAUUAAGUGGUACAGUCAAGUGCAAAAAUACGUAUCGAUUUUAUCCGCUCAAAAAUAUGUACCGAGACCUUAUUCCGCCGACAUAAAGUGCUAUGUGACAUAUUUUUGAUAAGUUGUACGCACC